AUGGCGCGCAAAGAUGUUGCUUUUGAAGCCUACAAGGCUUUGUACCUCGCUGGCCUGGUCAACGAUAACUUGUUGCCUGUGCGACAAGAAGCUGACAACCUGGCGGCAGAGUUUCAGCAUGACGAGUUUCCAUGGCAAUUACUGGCCCUUAUCGACACACCGAAGUUCUUGUCACAUAUCGUCGAAAACGUCAUAGGCGCUAUCUACAUUGACAGUCGCGAUGACUUCUCUGCCUGCGAAGUGUUUGUGCGCCGUCUUGGGAUCCUCGACGCUCUUGAACGCAUUCUACGUGACGAUGUAGAUGGCUUACACCCUAAAGAGCGACUAGGUCACUUGGUUAUCGAGCGCAGUUUCCAUUAUAUUCGUGUGUGGGACGACGCCUCGAGCAGCUUUGGCCUGCAACCUGGCAUGAGCAAGGUGUGGAAAUGUCAGGUCAAGGUUGGCGGGGAGGACGAAGGAGGAGCCGUGGAAGGAUUGACGAGGGCAAACGCUGAGACUGUAGCUUCCUGUAGAGCGAACAAGGUCCUCAGGGACAAGAGGUUCGUCGCUGUGCAGAGCAGUGGGGAGGAAGACGUCUUCUUUGACGCCGAUGAGGGAGGCGAUGUAGCACCCGGAAACUGGUAACGGUCAGCUGCGGAGGGCAUGUGAUAAGCCGCUCAGUUGGAUCACAUCUCGAGGCCAAAGAUUUAGCAGACAGUGCUGCAACGGUGUAUACGAACCCUAGGCUAGAAGUUCGGAGCCCGUCGAGGAGGCAGUGUCGCGGAUCUCGCUGGGGAGCAUCUUUCUCCUCAGUAGACCUCAGCGUCGUUAGGUGGUUUAGUACUUUAGGUCACCCGCCAGGCUGCG